CGGAAGUGAUUCGCUUCAGACUCGGAAAUGGUUCUUUGUGUUUUUGUGUGACUGAAAGGCGCCGAGCUGAAAUCUGUCUGUUGUUUAGGCUGCUGGAGCUCCGCUGGUCCACAGAGUUCACCCGCAGACUGCCGGAGCCUCCGGGACUCGGUGCUUCACCCGCGGACCGGCUGCUGUUGUUACUGGCCGCCAUUUUGUGUCUCCUGCGCCCGCUGACUGUUAGCCGCUAGCCGCUAGCCCGCUGUUGUCUGUCAUGGCGGCUGGAGGCGGCGCGGCCACUAAUGUCGGUGAUGUGGAAGAAGAUGCUUCACAGCUGCUGUUCCCUAAAGAGUUCGAGAACGCAGAGACUCUGCUGAACUCGGAGGUCCACAUGUUGCUGGAACACAGGAAGCAGCAGAACGAGAGCGCCGAGGACGAGCAGGAACUGUCCGAGGUCUUCAUGAAGACGCUGAACUACACGGCUCGCUUCAGCCGCUUCAAGAACCGAGAGACCAUCACUGCUGUACGCAGUCUCCUCCUGCAGAAGAAGCUCCACAAGUUCGAGCUGGCCAGUUUGGCGAAUCUGUGUCCCGAAGCUGCUGAAGAGGCCAAGGCCCUGAUCCCCAGUUUGGAGGGUCGGUUUGAAGACGAGGAGCUGCAGCAGAUCCUGGAUGACAUCCAGACCAAGAGAAGCUUCCAGUACUGAGACCAGGACCAGGACUGCGGUUCUGCCCUGACCUCCGUCAGGUCCCGGUCCUCUCCACGGUGCUUCGUUUUUCAUGUCUGGGACUGAAGUGCACUGAUUGAUCCUGAUCAGGUGAUCAGACGAGUCCAACGCUUCCUUCUGGCGUCACAAUAAACUUUGAUUUGUGUUUUUUA